AUGAACUUAGGAGUUUGUUCUAAUGUGACAGGCUUUACAUUUCUGGCACUGUUUGGUGAACCAGAGUUGCAGUUCCCAGUUGGUGUAUUACUUAUAUUUGCCUAUGUCAUCAUUUUUUGGGGAAACUUCACCAUCAUCGCUCUCUUCUCUGCAGAUUCCCAUCUGCACACUCCCAUGUACAUAUUCUUAUUCAACCUUUCCUUCAUUGACAUCGCUUCUACAUCAAACAUUCUGCCUAAACUAUUUCAUAUGCUCUUCACAAAACAUAACAUGAUUUCAUUUGCAGGAUGCAUAAUCCAGAUGUAUAUCUUUGUGUCCCUAGUUGGUACUGAGUUUAUCCUGCUCACAGCUAUGGCAUAUGACCGCUAUGUGGCAAUCUGUCACCCUCUUAAUUAUAUUGUUGUAAUGAGUUUUACAAAAUGUGUUGGUCUCUCAGUUGCUUCUUGGGUUGUGGGGUUUUCGAUCCCAAAUGGACAUGCUGUCCUUAUAUCUAAUAUGUCAUUUUGGUCAGGUCGUCCUAUUGACCAUUUUUUUUGUGAUGUAUCCCCAUUGCUGAUGAUUGCCUGCAGUGAUAUAUCCAUGGUGGAAAUGUUAAACUAUGUUGAAGGGGUUUUGGUGGCAUUUUCUUCAUUUCUGAUUAUAUUAGUUUCAUAUAUAUAUAUUAUCUCCAACAUUGUGAAGAUAAAAUCUGCAGAAGGGAAACAUAAAGCAUUUUCCACCUGCACCUCCCAUCUAACCUGUGUGAUCAUUUAUUAUGGGACUAUAAUCUGUCUGCAUAUUAAGCCAACAUCAAGUUAUUUCCCAAAACUGGACAAGAUCAUUGCUUUGUUGUAUGCUGUGUUAGUGCCUAUGCUAAAUCCUUUUAUAUACUGUCUGAAGAAUAAGGACUUUAAAAAGUCACUACUUAAUCUGAAAGCUAAAAUCUUUACAAAAGCUGUGUAG